AUGCUGCAGAUGAGACUCACGGUCACGCUCUUGCUCCUCCUACUGGUCAUCAGGUGUGUUGCACAGGAGGAAGGCCAGUCUAAAGGCUGUGUCUGUGGUUAUCCUGGAAUACCAGGGGACCCUGGGCACAAUGGCAUGCCUGGCAGAGAUGGCAGAGAUGGACUCACAGGUGAAAAAGGUGAUCAAGGUGCAGUUGGUCCUGCUGGAUCAACAGGCAAGGAUGGCAUCAAAGGAGACAAAGGGGAAACUGGUGCGGUUGGUUCAGUAGGACCUAAAGGAAAAAGGGGUGAUAAUGGAGAGAGGGGACCACCUGGAAAAAUGGGGCCCCAAGGAGUCCAAGGUCCACUGGGGCUAAAAGGAGAUAAGGGAGAACUUGGGCUACCAGGACCCAGAGGGCCUAAAGGCGAAGUGGGACCUCUUGGACCAAAGGGUUUUAAGGGGGAAGUUGGCCCUCGAGGGGACAGAGGCAUCCAGGGGCCCAUAGGAUCUCCCGGCAGGCCAGGCCCCAAGGGGGACAUUGGUGUUCCAGGCCACAAAGGCAACAUUGGCUACCGUGGGGAGAGGGGACAAAGGGGUGAGAUUGGGGAGAAAGGCCAGAAGGGGGAUACGGUCGUCGUCCCUAAAAGUGCUUUCUCUGUGGGACUCACAGAGUACACUAAACUCCCUGCAACCAAUGCACCGAUCCGGUUUGACAAGAUCAUCUACAACGAGCAGAAUCACUAUGAUCCGCAAACAGGAAGAUUUACAUGCUCGGUGGCAGGCGCUUACUUCUUCACCUACCACAUCACCGUCUUCUCCAAAAAUGUGAAAGUGGCUCUCAUGAAGAAUGGGGCGAAGAUCAUCCACACCACAGAUAACUACCAGAGCAGUGAGGACCAGGCAGCAGGGGGUGCCGUGCUGCAGCUGGAGGCGGGGGACAAGGUGUGGCUGCAGGUGGCGGGAGGAGAGUUCUACAACGGGCUCUUUGCUGAUGAAGAUGAUGACACCACCUUCUCUGGGUUCUUAAUCUUUGGAACUUGA